ACACGUGGCAUUCAAUAUGGUUGUUGCCAAUACCAAGCUUUUUUUAAAGCUUUUAAACAUCACGCGACGUGGACAUUAUUACUUCCACGAUUUUUGUUGAUUAAUGACAGUAUCAAGUGAAACUCCAUCCCGAGUAGACGAGGAUUUUGUUGGUCCGGCGUAAAUGUCAAAAUGCCGCUACUGAAAUUUAUCACCAACGUACCGGAGAGUCACAUGGCGUGCGACCUGGAGUUAAAAUUGUCCAGUAAACUAAAGGAAUGCAUCAGUCAAUGGAAAGAGCAGUAUUUCACCGUAUGGCUGUUGCCCGGGCAACGCAUCAUUAGAGGCAGAGACAACUCGCCCAAUGCAAUCAUAGAGAUCUAUUGUUGUGCAGCUUUCUACGACGCAGAGAUUAACCGGAAGAUAACGCGUCUGCUGAUUGAGUUUGGCAGUAAUGAGCUGGGCAUCCAACAAGACAGGAUGUCCGUUUUAUUGUAUCGGCCCAGGACAGAUUGUGUCGGAUUGGCAAACGGUACACUCGUCUCUGAUCUGGUUUCUGAGCAGAGCUCUCAAACUCUACCAACGUGGGAAUAAGACUUCAAAAACCAGCCCCCCCCCCCAAAAAAAAAUUGUUACCUCUGCCAAGGAGGUUAUGUUUUCAUCGGCGUUUGUUGGUUGGUUGGUCGGUCUGUCUAUGAACACGAUCACUCAAAAAGGCAUGGACGGAUUUGCAUGAAACAUCUUUUAGGGGUGGUCCUUGGUACAAGUAGAAAUCGAUUAUAUUUUGGAAGUGAUCGGAUCUAGGUCUGGAUCCAGGAUUUUAAUAAAAGAUUCUUCACCAAUUUUAUGCGAGUAUUUCUUUUGGGUGUACUGACAAAAUGGCGGGGAAUUGUUUAACCUUUGCGGAGAUUUGCGCUCUGUGAGUGCUUUCUAGUACCUAGCUCGGCCAAGGAGGUUAUUUUUUUCAUCGGCGUUUGUUUGUUUGUUGGUUGGUUGGUUUGUCUGUUGAUAAGAUAACUCAACAAGUUUUGGAUGGAUUUUGCCUACAUAAAAACGUUUUUAGGAGUGUGCCUUGAUACAAGUACAAAUCGAUUGGACUUUGGUGAUCUGGAUCUUGGUCUGGAUCCAGGAUUUAUUUUAAAGGAUUCGUUCACCAUUUUAAUAUGCGAGUAUUUCUUUUGGGUGUACCAACAAUAUGGCGGUGAAAUUGUUCAGCCUUGGCGGAGGUUUGCGCUCUCUGAGUGCUUUCUAGUUACUCAUGUGAUGACUACAUAAUACUUACUGUUUUACAUGGUACCUGCAGAUGCAAAUGUUUGCAUUGCCUUCUUCUAAUGAAGCUGUCUAGUUCCAAACAACUGGCAAUCUAGACUUGAAACUUCUCCAGCUGCCAAGGAGUGGUAUUUUUUUCAUACAUGUGGAAAAUAGUUUGUAAUGAGUCCUUAUCAGUACUGGUGUCGUGUGAAAUUGGGACACCAUGAAUACAGCCUCAUUGGUUGUAUUGCGCAUGCCUUGGUGAAGAUAAUUAGUACAGUGGCAUGUCACGGGUUAGAGACCAUAUAAAGUAAUAGGGACCUGAUUUUAUAAGAGUCCAAAGUUCAUAUAACAUUGUCUCCAAGCAAUAUCAGUGGGGGAUAUAGAAUUUUCUUAAGGAGGUGGCUGGAAUUUUUAAAGGGUGGGUGUUGGGCGUUAGAUGAAGGAUUGAUGUUGCAGUCAACGUAACAAAGAACUUAAGGCAAUGCACCAAGUUUUGCAAUAUUGAGUAGCCUAGUGACAUUUGAUGAGGACUCAAGGAACAAUUUUUCUAUGGUGUAAAAAAUUAACAUUGGUCAGUCUGAGCGAAGGGGGGGGGGGGGUGGGUUGUUAGCCACCCCAACAAGCCCCUUGGGCCAAUCCUUGAAUAGACUACCUUGUGAUCGCAUCCAAUGAGACAUGUCUUGAAAAACAUUUCACUUAUUAAUAUUUCAUUUAAAGAAAAAAAAGGGAAAUAUUUCCAUACCUGGACAUCACUCGUCACCCUGU